ACUUGACUCUUAGCAAUGGCUGAUUGUUAUUGGCAUUUUAGUUUCCAUCCACAAACUCUUGUGUUCUUUUAUGCAAUAAGGACCAUUUUGUUCCUCCUGAUUUUCCCUCUUGCAAUUGCUCAGGAUGUCUCUUUUGACUACCCUGGCUUCAGUAAUGAUGAUUUAAAGCAGCUCAAGCUUGAAGGAGAUGCUUCUAUUUCAGAUUCUGCCAUUCACCUCACUACUGGGAGAGUCACAAUUACCCAACCUAUUCAUCUUUGGAACAAGACCUCAAAUGAACUAAAAGACUUCACCGCCCACUUUUCUUUUGUUGUUUUCUCAGACCAGGGUUAUUAUGGAGAUGGCUUCACAUUCUUCCUUGCAGGCCAAGGUGUUUCAGAGGCAGGAAUAGAAGGAGGAGGAGGCAUUUGCAUCGGUCGCGUCGAUUACCAAACAAUUCUCCAAACCGAGUAUCAAUUUGUUGCGGUGGAGUUUGACACUUAUUCAAACGUUUGGGACCCGAGAGGCAUACAUGUUGGUGUGAAUGUUAACUCUAUGCAAUCUGACAUACUUGAGCAAUGGUGGACCGAAAUUUAUGUGUGGAAUGUUUAUGACUGCAGCAUUCAAUACAAUGCCGCAGAUAACUUUCUUAAUGUUUCUUUCACUGGAUAUAGAUUAAAUGAAGGGAGAGUAACACAAUACCUCACACACCACAUUGAUUUGAGGGAUCACUUACCAGAUUAUGUUCUCGUUGGUGUAUCAGCUGCAACAGGUAAUUUUUCUGAGCAACAUACCUUGCUGUCAUGGUCAUUUAGUACAAGCCUACCUAGUAAUGCUGUUGAUACUAAGAAGAAAACAAAGUUGUUGGAGGGAAUAGGAAUUGGUGCAGGUUUUUCUGUGAGUGUAAUUGUGUUGGUCUAUGUUUUCUUAUGGAGGAAGAGUAAAGGAAAAGAAGAAGAGUUUGCUUCUGAAGCCUCUUCUGAUUUGAACAUGGAUGACGAAUUCCAAAUGAACACUGGACCAAAGAAGAUCUGGUAUGACGAGCUGGUAUCUGCAACAAACAACUUUGAAGAGAAGCAGAAGCUUGGGCAAGGGGCGUUUGGCUGUGUUUAUAAAGGCUUUUUGAAAGACUCAAACACCUAUGUUGCUAUAAAGAGGAUAUCAGCGAAAUCAACACAGGGUGUGAAGGAGUACAUAGCAGAAGUGAAGAUCAUCAGCCAAUUGAGGCACAAGAACUUGGUGAAACUCACUGGUUGGUGCCACAAGAGAAAGGAUCUUCUCCUAAUAUAUGAGUACAUGCCAAAUGGUAGCUUAGAUUCUCGUCUUUUCGACGAACAAAGCUUCUUGUCAUGGGAGGUGAGACACAACAUAGCUCUGGGUUUGGCCUCAGCAUUGCUAUAUCUGCAGGAAGAAUGGGAAAAAUGUGUGAUUCAUAGGGACAUUAAAUCAAGCAACAUAAUGUUGGAUUCCAAUUUCAAUGCUAAGCUUGGGGAUUUUGGCCUGGCCUUGCUGGUAGAUCAUGAGAAAGGGUCACAAACCACAGUUUUGGCUGGGACAAUGGGUUACCUUGCCCCUGAAUACAUGAAAACAGGCAAGGCUAGAAAGGAAUCAGACAUAUUCAGUUUAGGGGUUGUUUUGUUGGAGAUAGCAAGUGGUAGAAAAGCCAUUCACAACCAAAACAAGGAGGGUCUAGUGCCAUUAGUUGAGUGGGUGUGGGAACUUUAUGGAUUUGGAGAUCUCCUUGAAGCAGCAGACCCAAAGCUUUGUGGGGUGUUUAAUGUGCAUCAAAUGUUUGGCUUACUAGUUGUUGGUCUUUGGUGUGCAAAUCCAGAUUGCUCAUCAAGACCCUCUAUGAGGCAAGUGAUCAAGGUGCUUAACCUUGAAGCUCCUUUACCAAUUCUUCCACAACAGAUCCCUGAGACAGUACUCAAUCUCCCUCCAGCAACAGAUGAGUUGUUUUUCACAGUUUCAUCCUUCUAGUAGACCUUAGGCUACUGCUGCAAGUUAAUCAGAAAAAAUAAAAAAUAACUACUAGGUUUGUUUUUCCAUAUCCAGUGUGGAACUUUGGAAUCAUAUUGUUAUUUGAUAAGUAAAUAGUUUACCUUACAUGACUUAAGGAAAGUUAUUGUAAUUCAUGAG